AUGGCUGUUCAGACUGCGCCCUGGAGAAAUUAUCGCUACCCAGUAACGGCAACAGAGCCAUCAGUCAAUAAUCAAACUGAUCUCGACGAUACGAUGAAUACUCUGAAGCGGUCAGAGACAGAUAUGCAGCCAGGAGCAUUCGGUGGAGUCUUUAAGUCCACCGCGAAUGAGCCAAUCACGUACGAGCGAGAUGCAACCAGCGUCCCCCCUGACGUGCCAAAGAAUACCAGAAUCUUGGCUAUUUAUACCCUCACUCAAGACGACGCUCUUCCUCGCGGAUCUGGCUGGAUGUUGAGUGAUUUCUUAGCCUUCUACCAUCUAUUUCAAAACUAG